GGCCAGUGGGCUGCUUCGUAACUCGAUCACCGAAGAGCUGCCAGGAUGGGCGGUGCAGUGACAGCCAGCAGCCGCUUAGGUAGGGGCUGAAGGCAAGAGAGGGAAAGCUGAGCUGUGACCUCCGCGGAGCUGGGAAUCGGCCCGUUGCGCAGAUGAAGGGAGAAGCCGGAAGUAUGCGACAGGAGAAGCCCAAACAGGAGGAACGCAUCUGGGGCUCCAUGAAGAAGGCGGCUUUCAUCCUGGGCUCUGGCCUUCUCUUGCUUGUGGCCUUCUCGAACUCGGUCUCUGGGCAACUUCAGAGAUUUUGGGAUGCUUCUGGCUGUUUUCAGCAAGCCCAAUGGGAGAGGCUCCUGUCUACAUUCGAAGGGAAGGAGUGGAUCCUCUACAUUAUAGCUACCAUUCUAGUACCUGCUCUGCUUUUCUGGAGCUUCAACGGGCUUCUGCUGGUGGCUGACACAGCCAGAAAACCGAACUUCAUCUCCCGCUACCGAAUUCAAGUUGGCCAGAAUGAACCAGUGGACGCCACGAAACUACGCCAGUCUAUGCGCACAGUUCUCUUCAACCAGUGCAUGAUAUCUGUCCCCAUGGUGGUCUUCCUCUAUCCCAUCAUCAAGGUGCGGGGAGACCCCUACCGCCGAGAGCUACCCACCUUCCACUGGUUCCUUCUGGAGCUGGCUAUCUUCACUCUGAUUAACGAAGUCCUGUUCUACUACUCACACCGGCUCCUUCACCACCCAACACUGUACAAGAAAAUCCAUAAGAAACACCAUGAGUGGACAGCUCCCAUUGGCAUGAUCUCUUUCUACGCCCACCCUAUCGAGCAUGUGGCCUCCAACAUGCUGCCAGUGGUACUGGGUCCCAUCCUAAUGGGCUCCCACUUGUCCUCCAUUGCCGUGUGGUUUUCCUUGGCCCUCAUCUGCACCACUGUUUCCCACUGUGGCUACCACCUACCUUUCCUGCCUUCACCUGAAUUCCAUGACUACCACCAUCUCAGGUUCAACCAGUGCUACGGGGUGCUGGGGGUGCUGGACCACCUCCAUGGGACUGACACCAUGUUUAAGCAGACCAAGGCCUACGAGAGACACAGACUCCUGCUGGGCUUCACUCCACUGUCUGAGAGCAUCCCGGAUCCCUCGAAGAAGAUGGAUUGAGAGAGGGCCCAAGUGCCACCUUGGCUGUCCCCCUCAGUGGACUGCUAAGGUGGCCCGAGGCGUGCUGAUUGUAUCUAACUCGCUCCUUCAGCCAUGCAGUUUCUUUCUGUCUUAUUUUACAAGUUUAUUUAUUUUUGAGAGAGAGAGAGAGAGCCAUGAGCAGGGGAGGGGCACAGAGGAUCCGAAGUGGGCUCUGUGCUGACAGCAGUGAGCCCCACGUGGGGCCUGAACUCAUGAAAGGUGAGAUCAUGACUUGAGCUGAAGUUGGAUGCUCAACUGACUGAGCCGCCCAGGUGCCCCAGCCAUGCAUUUUCUAAUGACAGCACCACUGUGGCAAGGGGAAGCACAUCUUCCCAGAAAGGUAGGGCCAAGGAUGGGGCCAGGGCUCCCCCAACAGCCUCUGUUGUCCCUCAACAGGACCAGGAGUUGGCUUAAGGGGGAGAAACAAGAACAGUUCCCCAGAAUGGAGGCCAGUGAGAAGGAAGAAACCACCUUACUAGGGCUCGGGGCAAGUCCCCCGUGGUCCUUUGCUGUGGAAAGGGAGAGAUGAGACCCCGGGUGACUUUUUUAUGGCCUAGGCAAGACACAAAGAAUGCAAAGGUGGCAGUAAGACUGGAAGCCACUCCCAACUCCAGAGAGAGCUCCUUCUGGUGCCAGGGGGUGAGAGAACCAGAAGGUAUUGCUUUGCCCCUUCCUGCACCAAAAAGCUUUUCUUAUACCCUACUCUGGCCAGGGCCAGGACACCCCCAUUGCCAAUACACACACACACACACACACACACACACACACACUCUGAGUCAGCCAACAAAGGCCCCAUUUCAACUCUGCUCCACUACAGACAUCAUCCCUCUAUGAAAAGAAAAAUGCCAGAGAGAGCCCCUCCCUGGAUUAAAACUGAGAUACCAAAGAGGUGCAGACCAGACCCUGACACCUACCUUCAGCCAUAUGCGGAAACCAAAGGCUAAACCCUGUUGAUCUAUGCUGGGGGCCCUUUUAUCCACUGAGGGAAGGGUCAGAGUUCCUGACCUUUGGGGACACCCACCUGAGGCCCCCUUAUUAGCCUCCCUGAAGUAGGACCAAAGAGGCUGAAACCCUCUUCCUCCAGUGAGAAGGCAAGAAAAACAUGGCUGAGGAGGGCCUGGGUGGCUCAGACGGUUAGGUGUCUGACUUCAGCUCAGUUCAUGAUCUCACGGCUUGUGGGUUUGAGCCCUGCAUCAGAUUCUGUGUCUCCCUCUCUCUCUGCCACUCCCCUGCUCGUGCUGUCUCUCUCUCUCCUCUCUCAAAAAUAAACAUUAAAAAAAAAAGAAAAAAGAAAAACAUGGCUGAAAAAGGGCAGAACCCUCUUUCCACCCUCCCCCACCCCCCCGCCCAAAUGAUUAACCAGUUGUCUCAACACCAUUUAUUUCAAAUGAAAUUUACCUGAAACAAAACCAGAGAGCUGCCCGGGUUGCCACAGUCCCCAGCCUGGCCUUCCCUUAGCAGACAUUGCCAGGAGCCCUGUGGCUCCCAAGAACAAUUUGAAGACCAAUCUUUGGCUUGCAAGUCCACCAUAUUGUUACUCAGUUCUUACAUAUAUUUGGGUCUGUUCCUGAACUCUCAGUUCUCUUCCAUCAAGAAAACCAUCCAUUGUUUUAGAAUACGUUGGCAUUGGAUAAGGCCAACUCUUGAAGCAGAACUAUCUAAGAUCCCUUCCUAUUGGCCCUGCCACUCGAAAUCUGCCUAGUGGACCAACUGGGCACUUACAGCUUCCUCCUUGGCCUUCCAAACCCCACCCACCCUCCUCAGGCCUUGGUGGGCUUGGCUCUGUCCCCAGGACAGCUCUUCAGGGCACUUCAUGCCCUGAGCUUGCAGCACAGCUUCUGCGGCACCAACAGUCCGUUUUCACGGCUGCUCGCCUGCUCCUGCAGCCUGUUCCUACACAAGUAAACAUACGGAAAAUAGUCCAUCUUCUGUACACUUAAGAAGGGUAGGGAAUGAGGAGCGUGGAGAAAGAGGAAGAACGGAUGCAUCUCUUUUCCCCUUUGAGGUCUUUGGAUUUCGAGGGGCAAGAGGCUGUCGGUGUCUCAUCCCUUUUGGCAGCCGGGUGGUUGGGCUCUGGCAGAGGGUCCCAGCCCUAUCCUCUUCUUCAUCAAACAGAAUGGCCCUGAGGUUGGUAAACAAGUGAGGCUUAAGAAAAGGCUGGGGUUUUGAGGUGCCUGGUGGCUCAGCCGAUUAAGCAUCUGACUCUUGAUUUGGGCUCAGACCAUGAUCUCAUGGUUUGGGAGUUGGAGCCCUGCAGUGGGCUCUGCGCCUGACAGUAUGGACUCUGCUUGGAUUCUCUCCCCUCCUCCCCCCCACCCCCCCGCCCCUGCCCUGCUUGCUUUCUCCCUUAAAAUAAACAGACUUAAAAAAUAAAUUGAAAAAAUUGAAAAAAAAAAAAAAAAAAAGGGCUGAGGUCUCAAAAUUCCCAGAUCACGUGAAAGUGAAAGGAAUGGAAAAUAAACUGGGCUCCUUUUAAUGCCAGUAGAUGCUUCUGUUUCUUCCUCUCCAUUACAUGCCUAGUUCCAGCACUCCUGAUCACAUGGCAUCUGGGAGCUACUGCAGUGCAAUUAAACAACUGGUGGUGGCCAACCUCAUGAGCAUCCCUACCAGGCUGUGAAGUGGGUCUGUCUUCCUGUCCCCAAGUCAGUCUGCAGAAGCCCUGGUUCCCAACUCCUAAACUCUACAAAGGCCACUGGAUGUUCUGAAGUAACUGCCCACCUCAAGAAUGGCAGAAUUCUCUGGAAGAACAUUUCUGAUGGGAUGCUCAAGCACCAGGCAUGGGAGACAGCUGUCAGACUAAUGGUUAAGGAAAGACACGCCUCACUUCUAGUUUUAUAUACACGUAGGCCAGACUGGCACUGAGAAUGUUACCGCUGCCAGCACCUGCCCUCAAGAGUCAGGGAAAAGCCACCAACAACCCAGGGGCCAGUCCUCAGUAGGCUAGGGUGUGUUCAUCAUUCCAUCCUUUCCCAGCUUCAAUCCUCCGGGUUCAGUGGCUGACCUGGAUUCCUGUAAGGCCAGAGUGUUGACCUGUUUCUCCUCUACUCUGGCAGGGAUGUCUGUUCAGAGAGGGGCUGUGUUGACCCUCCACAGGGAAUCACGGCAACCUUCCUAGUGAUCUCCUUACAAGAUGCCAGGCCACAGCCAGAGGAUGGAAAUCCUGAGAGUGGGACAAGUGGGCAGAAACCCUGGGAUUCUGUUGGACUGGCAUCUCUCUGUUCUCUAGCACUGGCUAUAGCUGCCAUGUUUUAAGACACAUGGUGGACGUGAAUUCCAGGCUGGCAGACGCUCUCAAAACCACGGAGGAAUUCCUGGAUGAAUACAUUCCUGGAUGUACUCACUAGCAGCCUCUGGAGCCCAUUCCCCGGGCAGAUUCCCCAAAAGCGCAAUGGCAGAGCCCUGCAAAGCUUUCAUGCACACAUCCUGAGUGCAGGGUUCCCCUGGAUCUGAGGGGGCCCUAACCAGGCUCCAUCCCUCAACAGCUGUACCCCAGAUGGGAGACCAGCCAGUACUUUGCCUUUUCAAGUUUUUAUUUUUAUACAUUUUUUUGUAUUAAAAAGAAAAGCAUAAUUACCACAAAUUACAAAGGACUAAAGCAGGACUAGAAUAAUGAAUGAAUCACUUCAGCCUGGAAAGCAGAUAUUCUCAAUAAUAUUAAUGUUAUAAUACAAGCUCAUUCAAGUAUUUUACAUUUUUUUUUGUCCUUUUAAAUGUGAUAUCCUAGCACAUGGUAAAGAUAAUGUACUAUGAGCAUAAGGUGGAACCUUCUCCGCAAAGCCAGAUGACAAGUUUUCCUCUCCAGUGAGAAAUGGGCUAUAAGUUCUGAUCUUCUCUGCCUCUGCCAUCAACAUGGCUGAAGGAGAGGGUGGGGGCUGGGGCAAAUAAAUCCAGGGACCCUUCCAGACAGGAUACACUUUGGGGUCCCACUCAGGAGGGCACCAAAUGACCCAGACCGUUGUACCCAGGCUUUUUGGCAAAAAACCACCCUCACCCGCCCUAGCUCAUCUUCCUUGCCCCUCCUCCCCACUUCUAGGGCCUUCUGAGCAGCUUACUUUCUUUUGUAAAAUCAAUCAUCAGGAAAGGGGGAAAAAAAAGAGCUACAAUG